AUAUGAAUAUUCCAUCGUUGGACAACAAAUCGACAUUACCGUCAGAAUCCACAACGAGACAUCCACCAGAUGAAACUACUGUAGGUGAUAAUAAUGAACGUGAAGUCGUAGGCAAUUCCAAUAAUGAUACGACAUCUAUCCCGGGCGCUAGCAUUAUAACUGUUGGUCCCGUUGUUAAUAAUAAAAAAGAGGAUGAAACAUUCUCCGGUUCGAAAAAUGCACUUAAUAAAGUUGGUUCUAAUCUUAAAAGCUUUGUUGGAUUUAUAGGGCCUGGCUACA